GUCAGGUCACUAGAUGCCUGACACUGCCAGGCAAGUGGCAACUGUUCAUCAUUUGUAGUGCCCAACAUUUAAAAAACUGUACCCCUGUGCGGCGGCGUCACUCGAUCCCUGCAACGCCUUUGUAUUUCGACAAACUCCACAACUGAAAAAUGGCACGCUUCAUCAGCCACAACAAAGGAGAAAGCGAGGAGGUCCGUCAGAAGAUGAAGAACUAUUGGCAAGUGUACCGACCCUCUCUUGAGUCUAUGAUGCUCUCCAAUGAAGCUGUCUAUCUGCACGAGAACGACCAAAAUGAAAUCUUCUCCUACCUGCCCAACUAUCAAGGCAAACGAGUCCUGGAGCUCGGAGCAGGCAUUGGGAGAUUUACCUCUAAGUUAGCAACAAUAGCGGGGCACGUGACAGCCGUGGACUUCAUGGAGCAGUACAUCGAAAAGAACCAAGAAGAGAACGGGCACUUUGAAAACGUGGCCUUUAAGUGCGCCGAUGUGACCAAACUAGACUUCCCCGCCGGAUCAUUCGACUUAGUCUUCAGCAACUGGCUCUUCAUGUACCUCAGUGACGCAGAGACGAACGGCGUCUUUCGUAAGAUCAUAGAAUGGCUCACGCCCGACGGUCACUUCUUCCUCAGGGAGUCUUGCUACCACCAAUCAGGCAACGUGGCGAGGAACAACAACCCAACCUUGUACCGCACGCCGAUCGACUACUGCCAAAUGCUACAUCAAAUCUCUUCUUCUGACAAGGCAGGCUACAAGAUCAUCCGCGGGAAAAGCAUCCUCACCUACAUCCAGUACCACGGAAACCCAAACCAGAUGUGUUUCUUGGCGCGGCGGCUGGAAGGAGAAGAGCUGAACCAACUCGGACAGUACCUCGAGUCACGCGACUCGCUGGAAGUCAUCAGAGCAAAGGAAAGGAUCUGCGGCCACAAUUGGCUCUCCACGGGAGGCGAGUUCACCACAAGGGAUUUCUGUGCCCGUCUGGAUCUCCGCCCAGGCCAGAGAGUGCUGGACGUUGGGUGCGGCACAGGAGGAUCUGCGCUGUACCUUGCUCGCCAGUAUGGGGUUCACGUGCACGGCGUCGACCUUUCCUCCAACAUGAUUCAUAUUGCCAUUGAGAGACAAGGCAAGAUGGAGCAGCAGGUCAAGAAGAGACUGCAGUUCGAAAUCAGCGACAUCAUGAUGGUAAACUACGAGGCUGAUUCUUACGACGUCAUCUACAGCCGCGACAGUCUUCUCUACAUUGGUGACAGGGACAAGCUCUUCAAGAAAUUCUUCAAAUGGCUCCGGCCCGGCGGGACUCUCUUCAUCACUGACUUUUGCACCGGACCCACACCGCCCUCCAUGGACUUUCUCAACUUUACCAGCAGUAACUCUCUCUGUUCAAUGGAGACCUACGAGUCAGAGUUGCGCAGCGCAGGAUUCGCGGACUUGGCGACGAGAGAUCUCCGAUGGGAAGCCAUUGACUUACACCAGCGAGAGCUGACUGCUUUUACCGCCGCCCGAGAGGCUUUCAUCGCAGACUAUGCCGAGGAUCAGUACGACGCCAUCACAGAACUCUGGACCAACAAGAUCCGGUGGAGCCGCGAAAACCAACUCACCUGGUGUGCCUUCACUGCGCAUCGGGCGGCGAACUGGAAUCUCUCCUCGCCCUCCAGUGACUCGAUCCACAUUAUCACUAGUCACAUAAAGCAUCACCAGUCACCUGCCCUCAAACCAGUGUUGCUCGGCUCGGCUCUCGCAGCGACGUUGGAAGCCUCUCAACGAGUCAUCAUGAGCAAAACGACGGAAGCCGCCUCACAGAAAUUCCUGGACUCCAACCAGUACUCCAACGAUUCCAUUCUCAAAUAUGAGAGAAUCUUUGGUCACACCUGGGUGUCCACGGGAGGAGAAACGACCACCAAGGAUUUUCUAAUAAAAUUGGAGCUGGAGCCUGGACAGCGGGUGCUGGACGUAGGCUGCGGCACGGGCGGCUCAGCCUUCUUCAUGGCCAGGCAAUAUGGCGUCCACGUUCAUGGCAUCGACCUCUCCACCAACAUGAUAAACAUUGCUCAAGACAGACUUAGUCGUGAAUACAAGAAUGUACAGGAAAAGGUAAGGUUCGAAUUGGCAGACGCAACGAAGACAGAGCUUGAGAAAGACAGCUACGACGUCAUCUACUCGCGAGACACCAUCCUCCACAUCCCAGACAAGGAAAACCUCCUCAAGACUUUUUACACAUGGCUGAAACCUGGAGGCACGCUGUUUAUCACUGAUUAUUGUCGCGGGGACCAAAAACAACACUCGCAGGAAUUCUUGGACUAUGUUCAUGGCAGAGGAUAUGACUUGCGGACUGUACAAGAGUAUGGAGACGUGGUAAAGCAGGCAGGCUUCCAGGAAGUGCAAGCUGUGGACCUCACACAGAUCUUCAUCUCCAUCCUCACCAAUGAACUAAAGUACUUCCAACCCCAAAGGAAGGCUUUCAUCAAGGAUUAUUCAGAGAAAGACUUCCAGGAUAUUGUUGAUGGAUGGAAAGCCAAGCUGGUUCGCUGUAAGGCUGGUGACCAGGCCUGGGGAAUGUUUUUGGCAAAAAAAGCUUGUAUCUAAAGCACACCAAUAACAAUUUUCUUAAAGAGAGCAA